AUGUCUGAGUCCGCUGCCUGGCCCUUGGCCGACGAUGCUCUCCAGCAGGAGAUUCUGGACAUGGUUCAGCAGUGCACCCACUACCGCCAGCUGAAGAAGGGCGCCAACGAGGCCACCAAGACCCUCAACCGUGGUGUCUCCGAGCUUAUCGUCCUCGCCAGUGAUACCAACCCCCUCAGCAUUGUUCUUCACCUGCCUCUCCUGGCUGAGGACAAGAACGUCCCCUACGUUUACGUCAAGUCCAAGACCGCCCUUGGCCGUGCCUGCGGUGUCUCCCGCGCCGUCAUUGCUGCCUCCAUCACCUCCAACGAGGGCAGCGAGCUUGCCGGCCCCAUCCGCGCUUUGAAGGACAAGGUCGAGAGACUCGCCAUCUAA